UAAAAAAUAUCAAUGCAGUCCUUAACUGCAUCCCGUUUUGGAAUUAUAAUUAAACAGAAAAAAUGUUGGAAAAAGAAAAGUUGAAAAUCUUGCUUCAACGUGAAAGUGCUUAUAUAAAGGAGGAACAGAAGAAGAAUGGGUUUAUGAGGUUAAAGGGUUUUGUGGUUGUUGCACUCAAACAUAUUCAUCAAACCAAACAUGGCCGAUAGGAUAUGCGAUUUACCUGACGAAGUUCUAUGUCACGUUCUCUCUUUCCUCCCAACCGCCGCCGCCAUCGCCACCACCGUCCUCUCCAAGCGCUGGAACGCUCUCUGGCGCACGUGUCCCUCUCUCACCGUCGACGACUCCGACUACAUCUCCAACCCAACCAGACAAUCCUACUCCCGCUUCGUCCAGUGCGCACACGUGGCAAUCCUCUUGCGCGAUUGGCAUCAGACGGUGCGUUCGUUCCGCCUCAGUUGUCGUUCUUCUCUCUGCAACUACACCAACGUGACCGUGUGGAUAAACACGGUGGUGCAAGUAGGGGUUCAGCACCUUGACCUCUGCGUCGGAAACUUGUUCAACUUGCCCAGCGCCGUUCCCACAUGCAAAACGCUCGUCGUUCUCAAGCUGGAAAAGUUCUACAUUAAGAAUAUCUCCACCUUUGAUUUUCCUCUGCUCAAAAUCAUGCAUCUGAGAAACCUAUAUUUCUCAGAACACCGAGAUUUCGCGCAGCUUGUACGUGCGAGUCCGAAUCUCGAGGAAUUGGAAGCCGUCGAUUUGGUUAUUCAUUGCCGCAAGGUGAAAGGGAGUUUUGAGUAUUUGCCCAAGUUAGUUAGGGCAACUGUUCCGAAAGUCGAUGUUCCGUUGGGAGUUGUCAGUAAUGUUCAGUUUCUGCGCCUGGAUUGGAUGGACGAUAAAUACAAACACAUGGAUCCAAACCGCGGGGUUACUGUGUUCCGAAAUUUGAUUCAGCUUGAAUUUGGCUAUAUGAAUUCUAUUCAAGACUGGGUCGAGGUUUUCCAAAUACUCAAGUGUUGCCCCAGCCUUCAAAUUUUUGUCAUUGACAAGAUGUAUCUUGAUCCCUUGCCUCAAGCUAAUAGUGAAGGAGCAGAUUGGAUAUAUCCAGGAUUUGUUCCUGUGGGCAUUUCGCUAAACCUUAGAAGAUGUUGUUUUAAGAAUUACAAAGGUUGGAGAGAUCUGAAGAAAGUGGGUUCUUCUGGUGGCUGUCCCUUAGCGAUGGCCAAAACGUUGAUAUUCGUCUACAUAGUUGUCGCGGCAGUGCUGCUCUUGUUCCUCUCUCAUUCACCGAAGAAGUUCUCCGGCCACCGCCGCCGCCGCCUAAAGCUCUGCUCCAACUUCACCCUAGCACCGUCGCGCCACCACGCUGUGGCCUUCGACCCCUUGGUGGCGGAGCUGGAGCGGCACCGGGAGGACAAGGAGUGGGAGAAGGGAAAAGCAGAAUUGCAUUUAGCGUCUAAUGAUAGAUCCAGAUUCAACAACUAA